AUGGGGAUGGAUGCAGAAGUUUUUGCCAUGUCCAAGAUGAGUAAAGCAUAUUUCAUGAAAGGGGUGUUGGUCAUUGCCAUGGUGGCUAUGUUUGUUGCAGAUGCAUCUGAUACAAAUGAUGUUUUUAGUCCAUGUCUCGAUGCUAAAGUUCGGAGAGAAGAUGGUUUUACAUUUGCUAUUGCAUUUUCUGACAAGCAAUCUUUCAUACAAGAUAAUAGUCCACAGCUUUCACCUUGUGACGGACGCCUAGACCUCACAAACAAAGGAGCACCAGUUGCUGUUUUUAGGCCAAAGGUUGAUGAGAUCUCACUGCUUACCCUUAACAGUAGCACCUUUGACCCGGCCAAAACCGGUGGAUAUAUGGUUGCAUUUGCUGGACAGAAAUAUGCAGCAAGGUCAUUGCCUAUUAUGUUUGCUGAUAACAGUCACACAAUUACUAGUUUCACUUUGGUUCUUGAAUUUCAAAGAGGAACCCUUCAAAACUUGUUUUGGAAGAGUUACGGUUGUGAUGCAUGUUCUGGUAAAGGUGUUUGUCUGAAUAAUCAAGACUGUGCAGUGCCAAACACAGUGUGUCAAAACAAUGGUGGAAUUGCUUGCAACAUAGGUAUACAGUUGGCAUUCUCAGGGACUGACAAGAAUCUUAAUGUUCUUAAUUCUUGGUAUGAAGUGAAAAAUUUACGGCAGUACUCCCUUUAUGGUCUAUUCUCCAACCUCCGUGACUCCAUCGUCGGGCCAUAUGAGAAGCUUUUCUAA